AAAGGGUUUUUCCAAAAAAUUUUAACACACAAUGAUAGAUUUAUGUUUAAACUUAAUAUUUGUUAACUUCAUGUAUUUUUAUAUAUUUUUUUAAUAUUUCUUUUUAAAUUAAGAACAAAAAAACAACGAAAAACAAGGCCACAGCUUAUUUCAACCAAAAAGUUUGCAGUUUUGCUAUACACUGUUACUUAAAAAAGUAGGGGUUCUAAUUUUUUCUGUGCUUUGGUCAAUCUAUUCGGAGUUGGUUCAAGCUUAUUCUUGGAAAAUUUGGCAAGAAUUUAGUGAGCGAAAAUUCGGCAUUUAAAGUUUUUGAUUGGGUCUGGUUGAAAUAAGCUGUGAGCCACUGUAGUUAUACUUCGGCACAGCUGAAUAGAAAUUUGUCAAAAUGUCAAAGGCAAUUAAGUACUAUUAUGAUUUCCUGUCGCAGCCCUCUCGCGCCCUGUGGAUUGCCAUGCAAAUGAGCAAAACGCCUUUUGAAGAUUGCCCCGUUGCGCUGAGAAAACAGGAGCAGUUGACCGACGAGUACAAGAAGAUAAAUCGCUUCCAGAAGGUGCCGGCCAUCGUGGAUGGUGACUUUCAGCUGGGCGAAAGUGUCUCCAUAGUGCGUUAUCUCUCGGACAAAGGUGUGUUCAGCGAGCAGCUGUAUCCCAAGUCACUGCAGGGCCGUGCCCGCGUGGAUGAGUUCCUGGAGUGGCAGCAUUUCAAUGUUCGCUUCGUCUGCUCCUUGUUCUUCCGCCAAGUGUGGCUGCUGCCUGCCAAGGGCUUGGCUCCGGCCCCAAAACCAGAGGCUGUUCAGAAGCUAAUCAAGGAUGUGGAGGCCAAUUUGGGUCUUGUGGAACGCAUCUGGCUGGAGAAGGACUUUCUGAUUGGGGACAAACUCACAGUGGCCGAUAUCUUUGGAGCCUCGGAAAUCAACCAAAUGAAGCUCUGCCAAUACAAUGUGAAUGAGAAGCAAUUCCCCAAGGUAGCCAAGUGGCUGGAACGUGUCCGAGAGGCCACCAAUCCUUACCAUGAUGAGGCCCAUAGCUUCCUUUACAAGGUCUCCAAGCAGUCUGCAAAAGCAAAGAUUUAAAUAGGAAAUAACAGCUUCAGUUUUUCUUUGCAUUUAUUAUUCGUUUAAGACAUCACUGUAACCAGUUUGUGCCUUUGUUGUGUUUAUUGUCUUCUUUUACAUGCCGGCAUAGAAAUAUAUUUAA